AUGGAGGUUGCGACGGCGACGGAGGCGUCGGCGCCGGCGGCGAGCGGCGGGGCGAGCAGGCGGGGCCACCCGUUCCCGUGGCUCGACGUGGCCAUCUCGGAGCCCUACUACUUCCUCCACCUCAUCGCCUUCUUCUCCUACUUCGCGGCCCGCACCACGGCGCCCGCGGCCGAGGACGACCCCGAGCUCCACAGCCGCCUCAUCCGACGGGAGAUCCAGGCGGUGCUCGUGUUCCUGGUGCUCUUCACAGUGAAGAUUGUGAAGGAGGAACACUGGGAAACAUUCAUCGCUGAUUCAUUGCUCUAUGCAAAGGGCCUCUUGUUGGUUGUUACUUUUGUUAUCGAUUAUUGGUUGACCGUUGGCUACUUACUGGGAUUUAUUGUUAUAUAUGCUAUGGCUCAACAGCCACCUUAUGAUGGCCUAGGUCAUUUAAAUCAUUUGACCCCGUUGCAACUGGAAAGCCUGCUAACUGAAGAGCCAACAACACGAUUUUGGCUGGUUGAGUUCCGGACUUCCUUUUUAACACCAUGUAUACAAGCAAGCAGUGUCAUGCCUGAACUCUCUAACAUAUACUCCAACAAGAACAUUUCUUUUGGAUUAGUUGAUCUUGGGCAUUUUCCAAAUGCUGCAGCGAGGUUUGGAAUAUCCAUGUGGGAUCAUCUUCCCACUUAUAUACUGUUUGACAAGGCGACCGAAGUUGCUCGGCUCCCAGAAAUUGGAAACGGAACAAAAGUAUUCGUGCCAAAAGUUACCAAGAAGCUUCUCUGCCAGCACUUUGAUCUUGACAGGCGACUGAUUGAAUUCCUGUCUACCUAG